UUGAAUAUUUGCGUGUAAUUUAUAUUACCGCUAAUUGUGGUUUUAUUUUUAAUCUAUUAAAGUUUUAAUGUUUAUGUAUAAAAUACUCCAAAAGUUUAUAUGUCGCGAGAAAUGAUGUUAUACAGUGAAUAUAGAAUUUUUUAAUGUUUAAUACUUGCGCCUUCGCUCGCCAAACGAUAAAGUGGACAUUAGCAUACAUAUAUGCAUGCAUGUGUGUACGUAGAGUAUUUAAUACAAAAGUUUAAUUGAGACAUGAAAGCAGUGGACGUCGCUCACCGGCUACUGCCCGGCAUUAAAUGGUUACAUGGUUAUACGGCGCAAGAUGCUAUAGCCGAUCUGAUUGCUGGCAUUACAGUGGGCUUAACGGUAUUGCCGCAGGGUCUUGCUUAUGCGACAUUGGCUGGACUGGAACCACAAUAUGGUCUCUACUCGGCAUUCGUUGGUGGCAUCGUGUAUGCCUUUUUGGGCAGCUGUCGUCAGGUGACUAUCGGUCCAACAGCGCUUUUGGCGCUCAUGACUAGCCGACACACAAGUUUCGGCCUGAACUCUGGUCCAGCGUAUGCGAUAUUAUUGUGUUUGAUCUCCGGACUUGUUGAGUUCCUGAUGGCUGUGCUGCGCUUAGGUGCGCUUGUGGACCUAAUUUCACUGCCAGUAACUGUGGGUUUCACCUCCGCGACGGCGGUCAUCAUUGGCACUUCGCAGCUGAAAGGUCUGCUUGGUAUACGUGGCGGUGGCGGCGGUUCCGGAUUUAUGAAAACAAUGGAGUCGGUUUUUACGAAUUUAGACAAAAUACGUUAUGGUGACUUUACUUUGGGCAUUGUUGCUAUCACCAUUUUGCUUUUGUUGCGGAAAUUGAAGGAUGUCAAAAUACCCGGUCGUCGUAUUCUGAGCGGCACACUUUGGGUCGUUGCAACCGGCCGUAAUGCUUUGGUAGUGCUCAUUGCCAGUAUUUUAGCUUAUAAUACAUGUGAAACUCACGAGUCCUGUCCGUUCGUGUUGACGGGCAAAGUGAAAAGCGGUUUUCCAGAUGUCGAAUUUCCAAAAUUCCAUACAACAAUACAGGCAGCGAAUGGUACUGCAAUUGAACAGGACUAUAAGGAUAUGUUGAAGGAGCUUGGUCCAUCCAUGAUUAUACUGCCAGUAAUUGCUGUGCUGGGCAACGUCGCCAUCUCGAAGGCAUUCAGCAGUGCCGGCAUAAGUCCAACACGCGAAUUGGUGGCGCUCUCGCUCAGCAAUGUGGUCGGUUCGUUCUUCUCUUCAAUGCCCGUGACCGGUUCCUUUUCGCGCAGCGCUGUGAAUCAUGCGAGUGGUGUGCGCACACCCAUUGGCGGUUUCUACACCAGCGCUUUGGUGUUACUGGCGCUCGGUUUGCUCGCGCCCUACUUUCAGUACAUACCGAAGGCAGCGCUGAGCGCAGUCAUCAUUUCGGCGGUAAUAUUUAUGAUUGAAUUUGAGGUCGUCAAACCACUUUGGCGCUGCAGUCGUCGCGAAUUACUGCCUGGCGCUAUAACAUUCGUUGUCAGCCUUGCAAUCGGUGUAGAGCUUGGUUUGCUGUUGGGCGUGGGUGUAGAUGUGGCUUACCUGGUGUAUCGUGCCGCACGUCCGGCGCUUACAGUCUCCAAAUUGAGGACCACCAAUGGCACAGAUUACAUACUAAUGCGUCCCAUACACAGUUCACUCUACUUUCCCGCAAUUGAGUGGGUGCGCACUGGCAUAUCGAAGGCUGUCGUCAUGCACGGUACGGCGCCUGUGGUCCUGGAUUGCUCCAAUAUGCAUGAGCUCGAUUUUACGGCUGCGCGCGGCAUGGGCGCUUUGAAUAAAGAGUUAGCUAGCAAAUUUGUGCCAUUCUUUCUGCUAAAAGCGUCUAAAGAGAUCUGUGUCAUACUAAAGGAAUCGACAAAUUGCGAUUUUUCAACGAUAGAAACACCAGAUGAUUUGGAAUAUAUACUAGAAAAUACGGCAUCGAUCGACGAUCAUCGCUUGCAAGUUACCAUUCCGCUAAUUUCUGCACAAACUAAAGUAAAUUGUGGUGACUCCACGACGAUUGAUGGCGGUGGCGGUGGCGGACAUUUGUAGAUUUAUAUACAACAUGUAGAUUUGAUAGCAUAUUUAAAAUUUAGUUUUUUUAAAUUAGUUUAAUGCAAUGAAGCAGCAGUAAUGUAAUAUUUUGAGAAAUAUUUCAAUUGGUUUCCUUGCAAUGUUUGGCUAAUGCUGUUCUAAGUAUUUUUACAUUCAUGUACAUAUGUGUUUUAUAUGAAAAUGUAGUUGUAGCAAAUUUAACUGUAUUUUAUUGAGAAGUUUGACUUUCUUAAUUUGGAUAAAGUUUGCAAAGUCUAUAUUCCGCUUUUUACGGUUCAAUUAAAAAUGGAUUCUUAGGAAAAUAAAAUAGCAAAUUUUUUUAUAAAGUGU